AUGGCUUGACAAAAAUGAGGAUGAUGGUCAGAUUGUCCGAGAACUAGUGCCUGCUGGGGAGUCACCAAUGCUAAAAAAUGUCAGUUAUCACAUCAGCGUGAAGACAGGAGAUGUCCCUGGUGCCAGCUCAGACUCCAAAGUUUUCAUCAAACUCUACGGUGAAAAAGCAGACUCCAGCAAAGAGACUCUCUUAGUCUCUGAUAAUGAUCUAGGCAAUUAUUUUGAACGUGGUCGAGUGGAUGAGUUUACUAUAGAUACGAUGGACAUUGGGAAGAUCAACAGAAUACUGAUUGGACACGAUAACGUGGGUCUUCGGUGUGGCUGGUUCCUGGCCAGUGUCCAGAUCACAGUUCCGGUCCAGGGAAGGCAAUAUAUGUUCCCCUGCAACAGAUGGCUCGACAAAGAUGAGGCUGAUGGCAGGGUGGAGGUGGAGGUCUACCCAAGUGAGAUUUUGCCUAUUGAGAAAUUGAUAAACUACGAGGUGUCUGUAGUUACUGGAGACGUGCGGGCCGCAGGCACCAAUGCCAAAGUUUUCAUGCAGAUUUACGGCGAGACUGGCAAAACUGAACUGAUCUUCUUAGAAAACAGAUCAAACAACUUUGAGCGGGGAGCCACAGAUGUCUUCAAGAGAGAGGCUGCAGAUGUUGGCAAGAUAUAUAAGAUUCGGAUAGGCCAUGAUGGGAAAGGCAUUGGGGAUGGCUGGUUCCUGGAGAGCAUCACGCUGAAGCGGCUUGCCACAAAGACAAAGGACUCUGAUAAAAAGAAGAAGAAGAAAAAGAAGAAGUCGGAGGAGGAGGAAGAAGAGGAGAACAAGGGAGAAGUAAUGGAUGUCUAUACGUUUGUGGCACACCGCUGGUUGGCCAAAGACGAAGGAGAUAAGGAGCUUGUGGUGGAGCUGGUGCCUGAUGGAGAAUCUGCCCUGGAGGAGAAUACGUAUGAAGUCCAUGUUCUCACUGGGAUUGUGUGGGGGGCUGGGACGGACGCUAAUGUCUUCUUGAGCAUCUAUGGCAUAGGAAGAGGAGACACGGGUGAGCGCCAACUGAAAAGGUCGAAUAAUCUCAACAAGUUUGAGAAGGGACAGGUGGAUGUGUUCACCAUCAAAGCCAUUGACCUGGGUGAGCUGAAGAAGCUGCGUAUCCGCCACGAUAACUCAGGAACCAGACCAAGCUGGUUCCUGGAGAGGGUAGAGAUUGUUGACCUCAAGGAGAGCAUCACGUAUUAUUUUCCAUGCCAGCGGUGGUUAGCAGUUGAGGAAGAUGACGGUCAGAUUGUCAGGGAGCUGGUCCCAGUGGAUGAAGCAUUUGUAAAGAAAGAUUCGGAAAAUGAAGGCCAGUCUCUUGCAACGCUGGGCCUGGAACAGAAAGCUAAAUCAACAACAUACACUGUGAAAGUGAAAACCGGGGACAAGAAGAAUGCUGGGACAGAUGCCAAUGUCUUCAUCACACUCUAUGGAAGUAAAGAUGAUACAGGGAUAGUCAGCCUAAAGGCCUCAAAGAUUAACAAGAACAAAUUUGAGCGGGGGAAGGUAGAUGAGUUCACAGUGGAGUCUGUGGACAUUGGAGACCUGAAAAAAAUCAAGAUAGGCCAUGACAAUAAAGGUAAUUCAACUGGCUGGUUUCUGGAAUGGGUGGAAAUUGAUGCCCCAUCACUGGGGCAGUGCCUCAAGUUCCCUUGUGGCCGUUGGCUGGAUAAAUCGGAGGAUGAUGGAGCUGUUGAGAGAAUUAUCUUCCCUGCAGAACUGCAGACAACAGAGUAUAUCCCAUUUGUUCCUUACGAGAUCACGGUAUACACCAGUGAUAUCUUCGGAGCCGGCACAGAUGCAGAUGUCUUCAUUGUUCUCUAUGGAAGUGAUGGGAUCUGCACUCAGCAGAAAUCCCUGUGCCUCAACAAGAGAGAGCAAAGAAUGUAUUUUGAAAGGAACUCGGUCAAUCAGUUCAUUGUUGAGCUGGAGGAUGUUGGUGACAUUAUUGAAAAGAUCCGCAUAGGACACAAAGGCGGAGGAGUGAACUCCGGAUGGCAUUUGGACCGUGUUGCUAUUCGGAGAUUGUUGUCAAAUGGAAAGGGCUCAGAAACUGUCACAUUUCCAUGUGAAAGAUGGCUUGCAAAAUCUGAGGAUGAUGGAGAGAUUGUCAGAGAACUGGUACCAUCUGAAAUUUUUACUGAAAAACUCAUGAAGGAUGGGACACUUAAGCAGAUAGAGGAAGAAGUUGAAGACCCAUUAGAAGUUCACACCUACAAGAUCAGCGUGUUCACUGGAGAUAUCUAUGGUGCUGGGACAGAUGCUAAUGUUUUCCUAAAUGUCUAUGGAGAUCUGGGAGACACAGGAGAGAGAAAACUCAGCAAAUCUGAAACAAACUUCAACAAGUUUGAAAGAGGACAGGAGGACACGUUUACUAUACAGGCUGUGGACCUUGGCAUUCUGUACAAGAUCAAGAUUCGUCACGACAACAGCAUGUUCAGUCCUGACUGGUUCCUGGAUAAAGUAGAGAUCCUGGAUGAGACCACAGAGGAGUCAUUCAUGUUCCUGUGUGAGCGCUGGCUCUCUAAAAAGAAAGAGGACAAAAAGAUAGAGCGUACGCUUUAUGAACAGAGCUAUGAUGGAGAGCGGAACAGCCUGAAUGGCUCAUCUCUCAGCCUGUCGAGUCAGGAUAGCAGUGGAAACCCGAAGGAGACGAAAAAAUCCAGCUUGGUCAAGGCAGCAGAAGAAGGAUCAUUGAUCCCAUACCACAUAACUGUGACGACCGGCACUGAGUACGACUCCAGCACCGACAGCCGAGUGUAUAUCAUCAUCAUGGGUCCUCAGAAAGUGCAGACUGAGAGGCUGUGGUUGGAUCUCCCAGAAGGAAAAGACGAGUUUGCAGACGGCUCUGUAGAAAAAUUCUCUGUUUGGGGCCUAGAUGUUGGGGAGAUCAAAAAAGUGGAGGUGGGGCAUGACGGCGCUACCCCUGAGAGCUGCUGGCUGGUGGAAGAGCUCAACAUCGUCGUGCCCACCAAGGGUGUCAUGUAUAACUUUGUCUGUAAGUGCUGGCUGGCCAGAGACAAAGGUGAUGGGCUCACCUCAAGAAUCCUCAACAUUCUGGAUGCGGACUGUGUUAACAUUGGCGUCAAGGUCCUCUACGAAGUCACAGUUGUGACUGGAGAUAUUGAAGGUGGUGGUACUGAUGCCAGCAUUUUCAUGACUGUCUUUGGAUCUAAUGGGAACACCGAGGAGAUGCCACUGGAGAAAAAUGGAGACAGGUUUGAGCGAGGCCAAGAAGACAGUUUCAUUAUGGAGAUUGCCGACAUCGCACCCCUCAGGAAGAUGAGGAUCCGGACAGAUGGGAAGGGGACUCGCCCGCACUGGUACCUGGAAAGGCUCAUCCUGAAGAACCUGACUAACCAAGAAGUGGCCACCUUUACCUAUGGUGAAUGGCUGUCAAAGCUGAAAAAUGCCAGGGGAAGUCUUGUGUGUGAGAUGCCUGCUGUCAUAAAUGAUGAGCAGAUGAUGGAGGACACAACAUACACUCUUCAGGUUAAAACCAGUGACAUUGGAG